GACGUCCGUUGUAAUGUCAUCCAUUGUUUCCAUCUUCCAGGAGCAAACAAGCUCAAGCAGCAGAAGGAGCUGAAGAAAGAAGAAGAAGAAGCUAUUUGGAAUUGAUCUCAAUCGCAUCGCAUCGCAUCGCACCUCUUCUGGAGGCUAAAGAUGCCUCGAAAAUGUGGAGGGAAAUCAGAGACAGAGAAGCGGGAAAAACCCGCCCUAAUUCCUUCACCAAUCGAAUUAAAUCAAACAGGAUCGCUGAUCUCCAGCUCUCUAAUUGCAAGGACAUCGUCUCACCUCACAGAGGAUCAAUCAACUCUCUUCAGGUCGAUUUGACAGAGGGGCGAUAUUUGUUAUCUGGUGCAUCAGAUGCAUCAGCCGCAUGUUUUGAUAUUCAGCGGGCUACGGAUUAUGAAGGAAGAGGUCUUAUUGCUAAGCACAAGUGCUUAUUUGCUGUUGACAAGCAACAUGAAAGUGGACAUAAAUUUGCCAUUUCUUCUGCUAUAUGGUAUCCUGUGGAUACAGGGCUUUUCAUCACUGGUUCUUAUGAUCACUAUAUAAAAGUCUGGGAUACUAAUACCACUCAGGCGGUGGUGAAUUUUAAAAUGCCUGGAAAGGUUUAUAGAACUGCGAUGUCCCCAUUAGCGACAUCUCACAUGCUGAUAGCUGCAGGAACUGAAGAUGUUCAAGUUCGACUUUGUGAUAUUGCUUCAGGUGCAUUUGCCCACACGCUGUCUGGUCACCGUGAUGGUGUUAUGACAGUGGAAUGGUCAACUUCAAGUGAGUUUGUUUUAAUUACUGGUGGAUGUGAUGGUGCCAUACGAUUUUGGGAUAUUAGACGUGCUGGAUGUUUCCGUGUUUUAGAUCAAUCUCGGUCUCAACUUGGAAGACGCCCACCAAUCCUUGCUUGCUCUGCAACAAAUAAGGUUUCAAUUUCAAAGGCCUUAUCAGUAGGUCAAAAUUUGCCGUCAAAACCACGGGUACAUCAAAAGAAACCUGCUGCUGGGAAUGGAAUAAAGCAGUCACCUCUUGGUCGAACUCCAGCCAAGGGACCUCUCAGGCAGAGAUUACAUCCAGGGAUGUUGUCUAGUCAGGAUCGUGCCACUGCACAUUAUGGUGCUGUUACUGGCCUUAAAAUAACUGAAGAUGGAAUGUAUCUUCUAAGUGCAGGAUCAGAUUCAAGAAUGAGGUUGUGGGAUGUUGAAUCUGGCUGCAAUACACUUGUGAACUUUGAAACUGUACGCCUACAGACUAGCAAAGCUAUUCAAUUGGCCACAACACAAGAUUCAUCACUUGUUUUUGUUCCAUGCAUGACAGCCGUGAAAGCAUUUGAUGUGUGGUCGGGUAUGACAUCCAUGACAUUUCGUGGUCAUUACGAGUACGUGAACUGUUGCUGGUUUAAUUCGCAAGAUCAGGAAAUAUAUACAGGUGGAAAUGACAGACAAAUUCUGGUCUGGUCUCCGUCCAGAUUGAUUGCUAAUGAGAUGGACACAGGACCAGCUGAGGAUCAGGAUAACUGGAGUGAUUGACAUUUGCUGUUGCAUCUUUUUGUUCUAGAUAUAUGAACAAUCUAUAUCUCCAACGUUAUAAUCUAUUGUACUCAUAUAUGUACUUGCUAGUUUAUUAUUCUUUAUUUAUAUCGCUCUAUAUUGGCUUCAACAGAUUGUGGUGUUUGUCUCUGUAAUUUAUACUACAUUAAUAAAAUAGAGAAUUUUCUCUUUUUCUUUGGCA